AUGAAUCAAAGCAAUGAAGGAUGUAUGAAGAAGAUAAGCAGUGUGAAUCUUGACAAACUUAUAAAUGACUUCUCACAGAUAGAAAAGAAAAUGAUAGAAACCAGUGGAAAGAACAAUAUAUUGGAUUUACAGUUGGAAAAAACUAACUGUUUAUUAAAAGCAAUGCAAACAAAGGAGGUCUCACUUAAAGAAGAAUGUGCUACUCUUCAUAGUAUGAUAAAAGGGCUACAACAGACCAUUGAAUAUCAGCAUAAUUUGAAAGGUGAAAAUGAACAACUAAAAAGAAAUGCUGAUAUUAUGAAAGAAAAGUUAAAAUCUCAUGAACAGGAAUAUAAGAGUACUAUUGCCAAACUUAUGAGUGAAAUGAAAAUCAAAGAGGAGGGACAUAAGAUAGAAAUAAGGAAACUUUAUCAGGAUAUGCAGAAAAAAGUUGAAUUAAAUGAAGAAAAGAAUAAAGUACUGAUAGAGAAAAAAGAAGUGGAAAUUUCAGAGUUAAAUGAAAAGUUAAGAACUCAAGAAAAGGAAAAACAGAAUGAAAUCAUCAAACUACAGCUAGAGUUUGAUGCCAAACUAGCAAGAGUUCAAACUAAAUCAAAAUCAUAUCCAGAUUCUACUGUUUUGCCACAGAGUAUCUACAGAAGGAAGCUUCAACAUCUUCAAGAAGAAAAAAACAAGGAAAUUGCAGCUCUUCGUAAUACCAUUCACGAUUUAGAGCAACGCCUCUCUCUUGGCAAAGAUUCUUACCUUAAAUCUACUGGCAAAGAUUCUCACCUUAAACGUAAACGGCUUUGAGUACAACAGUAAAUUAAUUAGUUGCUAUUUAACUUCUUGAAAAGCAGUUGAAAAUUUUACUUCUAUUUAGAGUCAAUAUAACCUACUGCCUAAAUAAUAACAAUGAUAACUUUAAACUUUUUAAAUUGAGUUUAUUGAAACAAAUCCACACUUUUGCCAAUUGUGUACUACAUUCUUGCUUAAUAGUAUUAACCAUAAAGAAGUUCAGGUUUAUAGGACUUAGUUUACCUAUUGAACCAUCAUUGACUAUGGAAAUACUUUCUAAGCAAUCAAGAGAUAGACAACAUUCUUUUAUCUUCCCCCUUACACCUUCAAGACAAGCAUUCUCAAAUUUUAAAAAGUGUGAUACAAUGCUAGGUAGAGAAAACAGUAUGUAAAGGCUUCAUUCAUAUGUGAUAAUAAAAAUCAAGAUAUGAGUCUUAGAUAUAAAAAAGUAUAAAUGAAUAUUUAAAAUGUAGUCAUAGUAAAAUACUCAUGUUAACUACUUCUAGAUCUUAAAAGACAAAAUUCACUUCUUUAAAGGUUUAAUCAGUUGAAACUAAGGUUAAAAAGACAAAGAUAAUAUUGUUUUGAGAAAUAAGUAAAGAAAAAAAUGGAAAAUGUGUCUUUGUUGUUCUUCCUCCGUUCUAAAUUGCUAACUAUCCAACAGAAACCCCUAGGUCAUAGUUUAUGUUCCUGUUCUCAUUAAUGCAAGUAGAAUGCUGGAAAAAGAAAAAAAAAA